AUGUUACAUCCUAGAUCUAUUUACAACAAAUUAAGUACCAUUUUAGCUAUAUUUUGCCUACUAUUUUUUUUUUUCCCGUUGAAUAUAUUGGCUACUAGUCCAGCUAAUACAAACUAUAUCUUAACAUUUUCACAAGACACCCCUAAUACUAUAGUAAACAAAGUCAAGGAGUAUCUUAAUGAUAAUGAAGGUAAAAUUACUUUUGAAUUUAGUAUAAUCAAUGGUUUUAGUUUUAAUAUUCCCACUGUGGAAAUAGACAAUUUUGAAAAAACUCUAAGUAAUACGGUUAAAUGGCCUUAUACUUUGGAAAAGGACCAAGAGGUACAUAUUAAUUGA